AUCAACAUCAAUCGUACAGCUAAAAUUGUUUUGGUUUUAGGUUUGACUCGAUCAAUACGGUGCAGUUUGUGCAGAAAACUGUUUGUAAAUUUAUCGUCAAUUCUGCGACCUUAAAAACAAGAUUAGGUAUCAACAAUAUUAUAAUAAAAUAGUUCAACAUGGCCGGGUAUAAUCCUAUCGAUUUAGUGGAAGAGGACGCUGCCGAUUUACAGUUUCCUAAAGAGUUCGAAAAUGCCGAAACGCUGUUAAUUAGCGAGGUGCACAUGUUAUUAGAGCACCGUAAAAAUCAGAACGAAAACUCAGAGGAGGAACAAGAAUUCUCGGACGUAUUCCUCAAAACCUACAACUACACAGGGUUAUUUCGUAAGUUCAAAAAUAAGGAGACGAUUGCCAGCGUUAGGAGUUUGCUCAUGUCUAAAAAACUGCACAAAUUCGAGCUGGCCGCUCUGGGCAACUUAUGUCCGGAGGCACCGGAAGAAGCGAAGGCGCUGAUACCGUCGCUGGAGGGGCGCUUUGAGGAUGAGGAGUUGAGGCAAAUUUUGGACGAUAUCGGCACCAAAAGAAGCUUGCAGUACUAGGGAGAAAGUUUCUCAAUUUAUUCUGACAAUAUAUGUAUAAGAGGAUAAGCGGAAAAAAUGUUUUUUACUCUGUU